UCUCCUCCUAAUCCUUCUUUUUCUUUUUAAACAAGCAGGUUGGGUCACCUCUCAGCUGUAGAAAUGCAUCAGUGUGCGGGAGCCCUGCCUGGAGGCACUGCUAAGAAUAGUGCCUAAGAGCGAGGGGAAGAGAGGAGUGAGCCUGAUUUGGCCACUGCCAUCAUCAGUUAGACUCCACCUCAUUUCCUACAAGCAGUAGAGGCUAUGCAAUGAACAUAAUUUCAGAUGGUGCUCUUACUUGACAGUCUUCAGAUCCUCUGAAUACCAAAGUCAAUGGCACAGCUGCAGAAAACUCAAUGCUGCUGCCCUGCUAUGGCUGUAAGAUCCCAUUACUAUAUCCCUUACCUCUCCAGCUAAAGCUGCUGUGAGUACAGGGGUCUCACCUGUCUGUCUGCAUGGAGUGAGCUGCAGGCUCCUGAAACAAAGAGCAAAUGAAUCUCUUAGGAGCAGCCGUGUUUCAGCAAACUGCCAUAGAAACCACAGCUGCGUUAUGGAGGGCCUUUUCCCUGGCAUUAUGCAAUAGUACCUCGAGUCUUGGCUCUGGCUCUGCUGCUGUCAUAUGGGAUCUUCUUCUGCCCCGAUGUCACCACCCCAGACUUCUCCAGUAUUAAGGCUGGGAGGUAAAGGAGGGAGGCACAACAUCCCAAGUGACCAGACUCUUUCAGGACCACCCUGAGACCAUUGAAAAGUUUGAAAAAUUCAAAGGCCUGAAGACCCCUGAUGCGAUGAAAGGCUCUGAGGACCUGAAGAAACAUGGAGCUACUGUUCUUACCCAGCUGGGAAAAAUCCUGAAGCAGAAGGGUAAUCACGAGUCAGAGUUGAAGCCCCUGGCUCAGACCCAUGCGACCAAGCACAAAAUCCCUGUCAAAUAUCUCGAGUUCAUUUCUGAAGUCAUUAUCAAGGUCCUUGCUGAAAAACAUGCUGCAGACUUUGGGGCUGAUGCCCAGGCUGCAAUGAAGAAGGCCCUGGAGCUGUUCCGAAAUGAUAUGGCUGCCAAGUACAAGGAGUUUGGUUUCCAGGGUUAGCACGUGUGCACAAAGGAACACCGUGAUGGAGACCUGGCCAAGCAUCUUAGAUAGCUUCCCCAGCACUGUUUUGGACAUCUCACAACUGGCCAUCCAUGAUGUUUGGGAAAGCUUUGAUGAGAGGCCAAGAGUCACUCCAGGCAGCAUAGAGGCACUCAGAGUGAUAUCCAUGAUAAACUGUCAUUUCCUGGCUUCAUGUAUACAAAAGAAAUAAUCUGCUUUCUUAGGAAAAA